AUGACUGAAGAAGUGACAUAUGCAGACCUAAGGUUCAUGACGCUGGAAAAGUCCCAGGACCAGGAGCUCCAGACUGCCAAAGCAAAAGAUUCCACUGGCCCAUCCUCCUGUUGGCAACUGGCUACAGUGGCACUUGGGGUCUUCUGCCUAAGUUCAAUGGUAGCUGCAGGAAUCUUGGCUGCCAGGUUCAUCCUGGUCUGCCACUUUGUGCGAGAAAGGGAUGAAAACUUCACACUGCAAAAGGCAAUAAUGGAAAGCCUCAACCAGCAGCUGGAGCUUCUCCAUGCUCAGAAUUUGAACUUGACAGAGACUGACUUCACAAUACGAUCAGCACAGUCUUACAGUCCUUACUCUUUCUGGAUUGGGCUGUCUCGCAAUGGAGCUGAGGGGCGCUGGCUGUGGGAGGAUGGAUCAGCUUUCUCCCUUGAUCUGUUUCAGAUCCAGCGAGCCAGCUCAAGCCCUUUCCUAGACUGUGUGUGGCUUCAAGGUGCAAACAUAGAUGCUGCACAGUGCGACGAGUACAAAUUUUACAUUUGUGAGAAAGUGGUGGAUCCUGCAAUGGUUGAACAAGUGAGCUACUCGGAGAGGCACUAG